GUAGUUAAUAGUUAAAAUCAUGUAAGUCAUUCUAAAAGUUUAUGAAAUAAAACACUUAAAGAUUAUGUAUACCAAGAACGAGACAAGCAGCCAUAAGUUCUAUAGAGUUAUCAGGACCAUUUUAAUGUUAUGUUGGGAACUAGUACAGUGUCACCUCAAUAUAUCGCCAGCUCUUUUUGUCCAACCCAUUUUUGGUAUUAUAACAAAGGUGACAUUUUAGAGUUUGAUCUAUCUCAAUUUAAAAAAUGAUAAGAUUUACCAGGUUAUUAAGUCUUGUUGUAUAAUAGUUCCUGAUAAACGCAUUUACAAUGCAUACACUCAUUUGAUUUGAAUAUAACAUUGAAUUGAAAAAAAAGUAUUGUACAGAUAUUUAUUUCGGCAUGUUUAGAAAUAUUAAUUUUUGUAGAAAAAAAAACCCACAUCAAUCAUAGUUCCAAUUUUUAUUAUAAUAUAGGUAGCUUUUUUUUCGCCCGUCAGUGAUUAAAUGAUAAUCCAUAACCGUGCUCUCUCCGGAAAUGAAUUGAAAUUCAAUGUCUAGAUUUGAAACAAACUAACCACCCAAUUAUAGUCAUCGCACAGUAUAUACGGGAAAAUCGAGUACAAGUAAUUGUGUAAUUAUGGAGUUUUGGCUUUGGUAUACGGGAAUAUAAGUAUAAAUAUAAUUUGACCUAGUGUACUUUAAAACGGGUGUCGGAAGGCAAUAGUAGUCUUUAGUGUGUAUGGAAAUCCUUUUCUGCGAAUUUUAGUGACGGUAUGUGGGGGUGAUUGGAUUGAUUGUAUGUUAUUUCUCGGUGAGAAUUUUUUACUCAUAAAAAAAAACAUCACCACAUGGCGGUGAAAUGUUUUAAAUUUAGACCUUUCUCAGCACUCAGGUCCAUUGAGAAGUGAGGGAUCUCUAUCAUGCCAACGCCUGUUGCGACCAGGUUUUGAUCCACGACCUUCUGAACACAUACCAAGGUCUAAAUAUCUAGCUCGGUAUGAAGGCAUUUUCUCCGAGGAAUUAUACAAGAAAUAAAGCCUCUGUUGUUGCAACGUUAACACUCUUUGCAACAAUACUGUAUCUCAACCUGUUUAUCUCAGUGUCUCAGAGAGAGGAAUUAUUCAAUUAUUUUCCAUCAUUCCGUAUGAAGUUUUCCAUUACCCAUACUGCAACUGAGGUGUUUUCAGAUGCCUCCAAAAAGUUUAAUGCAGAUACUUCUACUAAGUUACCAGUUAGGUCCACAUCUCUCUUGCCUAAAACAUCCACAACAUAUUCAUUGUCCGAGACUUAUGUGUGCCCUACAUUUCGAGGAAGACUUGGAAAUAAUUUAUUCCAGUUUGCGUCAGGGUUUGGAAUCGCUGUCUCCAAGGGUUUGAAGUUUGUGAUAGGUGAAAAGGACCGUGUAUUACAAAUUUUUCAAAUGAAAAAUAGUAAACACCUUCUGAUCAGUAAAGACAAAAGAGAAUGUAUCAAAGCAACACUUCGAAAAGAGCGCCAUUUGUGCACAUACGAUGACCAUUUGGUAAACUUUACACCAAAUGGAACAUUCAGAGUGGGAAAUUAUCUACAGUCAUGGAAGUAUUUUCAUAAUGCCUCUCGGGAAUUACGAGAACAGUAUAAAUUCAAGGCUCAUAUUCAGAAUAAAGUGGACCAUAUUAUAAAACAUAUAUUGGAGAAAUUCAACACAACCCGAAAGGAUGCGACUUUAAUUGCCAUCCAUAUUAGACGUGGUGACUUCGUACGCCUAAAAUCAUCCGGUUAUGCCGUAGCAACUAAGGAAUACUUUGAGAAAGCCAUGACACUUUUUAGUAAUUAUUCCAGUCCUCUUUACAUUGUUUCCUCCAAUGAUCUUGAGUGGUCUAGAGCUAAUAUUCCUAAGAAGUACAAGGUAGAGUUUACAUCUGGGAAUUUACCGGAAGUUGAUUUGGCUUUAAUGGCUUCAUGUGAUCACAUGAUAUCGUCGGUGGGUACCUACAGCUGGUGGGCAGCUUGGCUUAAUAAUGGGAAUGUGACUUACUACAAAUGGCCUGCUGCGGAGGACUCUCCUAUCCGUUCUCAUUUCAGCUCAGACUACAUGGAUUUUUUUUACCCACAUUGGAUAGGGUUAUAAUUAAUGACAAGUAUUAAUGAUCUAGAAUCAUUCAUUAUGCAGCCAUGUGUGCAUUAAACUGACUUAAUGUGCAAGUUUUUUUUCUAAUAUUUUCACAUGGAUUCACCAGACUGUGCAUUUAUUUAUAGUUAUUCCAGGCCCCAAGACCAUAAACUGAGAACAGACUUAAGUCAAAAUUUCAAAUCGAUAUAACUUUCGAAAUAAUUUUGAUAAUAAAAUAAAAUUAUCAUCAUAUGUUUA